ACACACACGGGGGAGGAGAGUGAAGUGUGUUGCUCAUGGACACAGUAACAGUGUUUGUUUCUCUCCAGGUCCUGAGUGUUUGUGUAACUCCACCAACAGUCGCUGUGAUCACACCGGAGUGUGCAGGUGUGACCCGGGGUGGGAGGGGCCUCUGUGCGCCCGCUGUGCCCUGAUGCCCGGGUGUGUUCACGGCUCGUGUGAGUUGCCGUGGCAGUGUGUGUGUGCGGACGGCUGGACCGGACGCUUCUGCGACAAAGAUGUGCGUGCGUGUCACAGCGCCCCCUGUCUGCACGGUGGUACUUGUGUGAUGGAGGACAGUGGUGACGUCACUUGUCUCUGUGCGGACGGUUUCCACGGUGACCGCUGCCAGCAGAGGGCGGGGCCAUGUCACCUGCUCAGGUCUCCGUGUUUAAACGGGGGGCAGUGCGAGGACCAGUUCGGUUUCUCAGACUCGUUUUCAUGUCGAUGUCUCGCCGGGUUUUCUGGCGCGCGCUGUGAGGUCGACGUGGACGACUGCGCGCUGUCGCCGUGCGCUAACGGCGCCACGUGCACGGACGGCGUGAACCGCUUCACGUGCACGUGCGCGGCGGGCUUCAGCGGGAGGUUCUGCUCCGUGAACGUGGACGAGUGCGCCAGUCGACCCUGCGCCAACGGGGGGCGCUGUCUGGACCAGGCCAACGGGUACCGCUGCCUCUGUCGCCACGGUUACGCCGGCCCCGCCUGCCUGAGCCGCCCCGCCCCGGCCAAUCACAGCGAGCGCACGCUCAGGGUGACGCUGAGCGAGCGAGGCUCCGCCCCCUCUCUGUCGCAGACGCAGGUGGUCACCGUGGUGACGCUCGCCGUCGCCACCGUCGCCCUGGUGACGCUCACGGCGACGCUCGUGCUGCACAGACAUUGUGGCCACGCCCCCUGCUGGCGACGCUGGGGGCGGAGCUCCAGGACCGAGAAGGUCUGACGCACAACGUCCAGACACACAACCUCCUGACGCACAACACACAACCUCCGAACGCACAACCUCCGAACGCACAACCUCCUGACGCACAACGCACAACACACAACCUCCGAACGCACAACCUCCGAACGCACAACCUCCUGACGCACAACCUCCUGACACACAACACACAACCUCCAGACACACAACACACAACACAACUUCUGGACACACAACUGUAACUCUCAGGGAAUCCAGCCCACAACCUCCAGACUGUCCAGGCUCCUCUGCUCCUGCCUGCUCCUGUCGGCAGGUGUAUGUGUGUACACUUGUGUGCACUUGUGUACAUUUGUGUACAUUUGUGUAUUUUUGUGUAUUUGUACAGUGCUGUUGUGUCAUUUGUGAAUAUAUUUAUUAUUUAUGUA